GCUCCGGUGCGCGAGGUGCCACGGAUUGCCUACCUCACAUGCUAAGGCUGGACCUCUAGGUCGAGCCGAACCUGGCCGCGUGCUUCAGCGCGUCGGUCAGGCCUAGGCCCUAGGCCUAGGGUCUUGGGCCCAAGCCCAGCCCAGUCGGCCUGCACCAUGGCGAGGGCCGCCUCGAGGCUCGCCCUGCCCUCGGCCCUGCCGCCGCUGGCGUUCGCCACUCUGCUGGUUGCAGUCGUAAACGUGACGGCCGUGCGUGUCGCGCUGUACACUGGACUUCAGGGACGUGUCCGCGACAAGAACAAGACCAACGAGGUGCACGCGUUCGGAGCCAAGGAGCCCGGCGACGUGGAGCUGUUCACCAAACUCGUGAGGAGGAAGCACCUUCCCACUAAGGGACGGCUGGACGCGGUGCGCUACCCGCCGGGCGGCGGCGAGUCCAAGAACGUGGUGACGCACGUGGAGGUGUCGGUGCCGCAGCGCACGCUCACCAAGGACGAGGUGCACAUCACCGAGGGCGGGCCCGGCAUGAGGUUCGUGGCCCUCACCGUCGGGGGACGCCGCAGCUUCCUCGUCGACUACACCGUGACGGUGUUCGGCCACGAGGCGGGCGUCGCCAAGCCGGAGAAGCACGCAAGCGGUGGCGGUUCCACGGAGCCAGCGGCAGCGACAGGCGGCCCCACGGAGGACGCGGCCGCCGCCGAGGGAAGUCCCGACAAGCCAGACGACUCCCCGUGACACCGGCCAGUGCACUGCGGUGCCCACACUGGCAAUUACUGCCCAAGCAGGCAAGCCUCAAGCCUCGGUGCGGCCAAUCCGGGAAAGGGUCCCGGAAUGGAAGACAUGCACGAUUACGGCUACUGCUGACUGGACAGGGAUGCGCGUCAGAUAUAGAGAGUGAGAGACAGGGAGAGCAUGAUUACAGGUCUCUUGGUUGUUGUUUUCACUCAAGACUGGAGUCCAGAACGAAAUAGAACAAGUGGUUUAAUGAC